CAUUAAACAUAUCAACGAAGAAGAAGUACAGCAACAUGGCGCCAGCUGUCACAGUGUUUUUGUUGUCAUUUUUGUCCAACGUAUUGUUUAUUUUGGAAGCAGCGGACAGCGAUUUCCUGAGUACGUUAGGGGCAUGCUACAAACCUAUCCGGGACGGUAGACCUACAUCUGUCAAGACAUAUCCCCGACCACAUGAAUACCUUAAUGUGUCUGAGCUGCCAGCAGUUUGGGACUGGAGAAACAUUGAGGGGAAAAACUAUGCCAGCAUCACGAGGAACCAACACAUUCCACAGUACUGCGGCUCGUGCUGGGCCAUGGGAUCUAGCAGUGCAAUUGCCGAUCGUAUCAACAUCAAGCGUGGUGGUACGUGGCCGUCAGCCUAUCUGUCUGUCCAGAACGUGAUAGACUGUGGCCAUGCUGGGUCCUGCUACGGAGGAGACCACACAGGGGUGUACCAAUACGCUCACCAGAAGGGUAUCCCCGACGAGACAUGCAACAACUAUCAGGCUAAGAACCAAAAGUGUGAGCUGUUCAACCAGUGUGGGACCUGUUCCUCUGAUGCGUGUGCUGUGGUGCAGAACUACACCCUGUGGAAGGUAGGAGACUACGGGGAGGUGUCAGGACGAAACCAGAUGAAGGCUGAGAUAUACACCAACGGGCCAAUCAGCUGCGGUGUGAUGGCUACGAAGGGCCUGGAGGCGUAUCGUGGUGGUGUGUUUGCCGAGUUCCACCCCUUGUCUCUAAUGAACCAUAUCAUCUCUGUAGCAGGCUGGGGGGUGGCGGAGGACGGGACAGAGUACUGGGUGGUCCGCAACUCCUGGGGAGAGCCUUGGGGAGAGUACGGCUGGGCGAGGAUCGUAACCAGUGCUUAUAAAGGAGGGAAAGGUAACUGGUACAACCUGGCCAUAGAGAAGAGCUGUGCUUACGGAGACCCCAUCAUUACAUAGAGGACAAGAGGAAAUGACUGACCUGAUCACUGAAUAUUAAUACUGGAGAAUACCGUGCGUCACUCAAAACACUUGAUCGGUGCUGCCGUCAACAGGAAGUGGUGUCAAAUGGUUCCCAUAGUAGGACGUUCAAGUUGAUAGGGACAUCAUUAAAAAAAAAUCUUCGAGUCAAGCUGCUGAUCUAGGAUCAGUUUAGCCUUUUAGAUUGUAGUGAAUAAGAACUACAUGGAGAGAGAGGAUCUGAUCCGAGAUCAGCACUCCUACUGUGAGAAGCUUUGUGAAUAUAGGACCUGGAGCCUACCUCGUCCUUCAUUAGUAGCCUCUCUCCUCCUCUCCUUUCCUUCUCUACUCCUCAUCUACCUCCUCUCUCCUCCUCUCCUACCUCCUCUCUCCUGCUCUCUCCUCCUCCUCUCCCAACUCCUCAUCUCCUUAUCUCCUCCUUCUCUCCUCUCCUACCUCCUCCUCUCCUACCUCGUCCUUCAUUAGUAGCCUCUCUCCUCCUUCUCUCCUCCUCUCCUACCUCGUCCUUCAUUAGUAGCCUCUCCUACCUCCUUCUCUCCUCCUCCUCUCCUACCUCUUCCUCUCUCCUCCUCUCCUACCUCCUUCUCUCCUCCUCUCUCCUCUCCUACCUCCUUCUCUCCUCCUCCUCUCCUACCUCCUCCUCUCUCCUACCUCCUCCUCUCUCCUACCUCUUCCUCUCUCCUCCUCUCCUACCUCCUCCUCUCUCCUACCUCCUCCUCUCUCCUACCUCUUCCUCUCUCCUACCUCUCCUACCUCCUCCUCUCUCCUACCUCUUCCUCUCUCCUACCUCUUCCUCUCUCCUCCUCUCCUACCUCCUCCUCUCUCCUCUCUCCUACCUCCUCCUCUCUCCUACCUCUUCCUCUCCUACCUCCUCCUCUCUCCUCUCUCCUACCUCCUCCUCUCUCCUACCUCUUCCUCUCUCCUCCUCUCCUACCUCCUCCUCUCUCCUCCUCUCCUACCUCCUCCUCUCCUACCUCCUCCUCUCUCCUCCUCCUCUCCCUCCUACCCUGGCCAGGGAGAGAGACGGAUGGAUAGACACAUCUAAGAUGCUUUUCUAUCAUUUAUAGGUCUGUAUUCAUAAAGCAACCGAGUAUGAGUGCUGAUCUAGGAUCAGUGUAGCCUUUUAGAUUGUUGUGAAUAAGAACUACAUGGACAGAGAGGAUCUGAUCUGAGAUCAGCACUCCUACUGUGAGACGCUUUGUAAAUAUGGGCAGUUCUCUGUAACUAAUCGCUAAUUUUCCACUGAUAUUAGGAGUUUAAUCUGAACAUUUGUUUCUCAGGCCAUGGCUUUCAGCUCACUCAAGGUCCUGCGACGGACUCCUUUCAACUCAAUGUUUCAGUCUUGUGACAACACUGUCAAACACAACGACACUAAACCACACGACACACUAAUUCUGUACAGGGCUAUUUAACUGGUGUUUAUUAAUUAACAAAUGUCUUUGAAAAGAAUAAACAAUGAUUUUUUUUGUGCCUUU